UUCACCGAACCCCCUCUCGCCCCUCAACUUAGUGCAUCCUCUUCUCUCUCUCUCCCCACCACCAUUUCCUCCUCCUCCUACAUUUUGCUAACGUGCGCCAAUUUUAGCAGAAUAAAAAGGGGGGAGGCACGGUCUAAAGAGGACCGGACCACCCCUCCUCCUCUCCCUAAAGUAUCAAAGGCUCAAAGCCAGCUUAACUUAAAAUAAGUGAAAAAAAGGGGAAGAAUAUAGAGAAAUUUUCAGACACGCCUUAUCACUCCUGUCGCUCUGGGUGUCCUGCUAACGUGCGCUGUAACCCCACAGUGGUGGGUGGGGAAAGAGAGAACAGAGGCCUGAGACUCUUUUAUUUCGUCAUCUGUGUGUUUCUGCUUAGCUAUCGUUCACUGUGUUAGGGCUGGAGGUGAAAAAUGGGUGUUUGGGGUGUGGUGCUAGUGUGCUUGCUAAUAUGCGCCAGAGUGCCGUCGUUGUGGUCAGAUCCGGACGACGAAGCGUGCCUGACGCACCUCAGUGAAUCCCUCGAAGACCCGACCAAGUCGCUCCAAAACUGGACCAAAUCGACCUUCGCCAACGCCUGCAGUGGCUUCACCUCAUACCUACAGGGUGCCACCUGCAACAAUGGGCGAAUCUAUAAGCUCUCGCUCACCAACCUCUCUCUCAGAGGCUCCAUCUCUCCCUACCUUUCCAACUGCACCAAUCUCCAAUCCUUAGACCUCUCCUCCAACUCUCUCACCGGACCCAUCCCCUCCGACCUCCAAUCCCUGGUCAACCUCGCUGUCCUCAACCUCUCAUCCAACCACCUCGAUGGAGAGAUCCCUCCUCAGCUCGCCUUUUGCGCCUACCUCAACGUCAUCGAUCUCCACGAUAAUUCCCUCUCUGGCCCCAUUCCCCAGCAAUUUGGGCUUCUCGUGCGCCUCUCUGCUUUCGACGUUUCCAAUAAUCGGCUUUCCGGUCCGAUACCGCCCAAUCUGGGCAACCGAAGUGGUAAUUUUCCGAGAUUCAAUGCAAGUUCCUUUGAAGGGAAUAAGGAUCUCUAUGGCUACCCUUUGGCUCCUUUGAAAAGCAGAGGGUUAUCGAUUUUGGCCAUCGUUGGGAUCGGACUCGGAAGUGGGUUUGUGAGUUUGGUGCUUAGUUUCACCGCUGUGUGUAUAUGGUUGAGAGUUACAGAAGAGAAGAUGGCUUCUGAAGAAGGGAAGAUUAGUCAACUCAUGCCUGAUUAUUGAGCUCAAAAUGCUUCAAAUUUCAGAGGGGGUGGAGUAGAGAGAUGCUGACAUUUCUCUACACCAAUGUUCAAAGUGGGAAAGUAUUCCGACAUUGAUUACCGGCAAGGAGGCAACUUCAUUCGGAUUCUCCAACUUUGUUUUGCUGCCUACAACACAAGAUCUAUCUUUGCAUCUUCAACUUUGAGGGCCGAGUAUAAAUACAAAUCAUUUGUCUCAAAUUCCAUCUUAAAAAGAUGAAAAUGAAAAGUAACGCACUUGCAUAGAUAUUUUUCAUUCCCAAUCUCUUGUAUGUAUAGCAUUGCAUUGAUCAAACUCAAUUCAAUAUCCAACAGACACAGUGAGGCACACUAGAGGUAGAAAAAAGAGUGGAUACCUUACUCCAAUUAUAUGGGUAUAUGGGUUAAAAGGGAGGGGAAAAAAUUUGAAAAGAUUCGGGAGUCACCCAUUGCUGCAAAAAUUUGAGGCAGCAAGUAUCCAAUUAUUUUUUCAAAAUGGGCCCACGAUUGCCAUCUGUCUAAUCAAAACAACCGGAUUGGACGGCUGUGAUUGCAAAUGAUGCACAACAGACACACCCACGCACACCGAAAGCAAACGCAGUCAAACGUGCUUUAAUUACUCUUACUAAUGGAUUCUCCGAGAAUAGCAUGUAUGUCAUAAUGGAGAUGGACCCAUCGUUCUUGUAAUAUUACAUUCAAAUUAUUUCAAACGGGUUUCAUGGCA